CUAGCGAGUUCGAGUUCGGAUCGGAACGUUUGAGUUGCGAGUCGAGUUCGAGAUCGCCGUUUCAUUACAACUCAAUCCGUUUUUGUGUGUGGCGAGCUGAAAGUCAGCACCAGCAGAAGCAGAAGAGUGGCCAUAUUCGUCUUGAAGUUUUGAGAUCAAUUUUUUCCUGUUCCUGGAUUUGGGAUUUCUCUCCUCGGUGUGACGAAGAGCGAAUAACGAGCAGCAGCGCAGUCACAGCCAGCAGCACGGCCAGCAACAGGAGUAUUACGAUAGUGUGCGUGCGUGUGCCACUCUUUGGCCCUAAUGUGGCUUUAAGGCCUCUCGUCGUAUGUGUGUGUGCGUGUGUGCGUCUCUGUACGUGCGCUGGUGUUUCAGUGCAGUAGUUGAGUAGAGUAAACUCCUAAACCCCAUCGGAAAACAGCGAAUAAGUGUGUGCAUUGGAUCGGCGAAAACAAAACGACAAGAAGAAUAAUUUCCAAAUCCCAUCAGUAUCAUAAUAAUAGCGAAAGUGUGAACGCCGAGAAUCAGUGGAAAGAUAAAAGUCAAAAUUGAAAACCCACCAUCCGAUGAGAAGAAAAAAUAUCUUUCUACUGUGUUUCUGUUCGAUUGGGAAGAAAAAGUGAAAAUACGACGACGAAAAAGCGCCACCCGCGAGAAGAGUGUAAGAAAUUUGCAAUUUUAGGUUUUGAUUUUUGUGGUGGAAGAAAGAAAAAAAAAACAAUAAAAGUGGCAACAGGAGUAGUUGAAGAAGAAGAAUCAGUAACAGCAGCAGCAGCAGCAGUGCGGAAGCCGAAGAAGAAAACGAAAAGAAACAAUGUCAAUGGACAACCGAAGUACCUCGGCCCUGUUCAAAAGGGCCGAGCAGCUUAAGCGCUGGGAUGAAUCGGAAGCCAACAAGCACAGUGGCACACCGAAGAGUCCCUCGAUGCGCCGGAUCAAGUUCUCGUCUGGGUGUAUCUUCCUGGCGGCCUGCGUGGCCGGUGAUAAGGACGAGGUGUCGCGGUUGCUGGAAACCGGAGCCGACAUCGACACAGCCAACGUAGACGGGUUGACGGCGUUGCAUCAGGCAUGCAUAGAUGACAAUCUGGAUAUGGUGGAAUUCCUGGUUCAAAACGGAGCCGACGUCAACAGAAAAGACAACGAAGGAUGGACACCCCUGCAUGCCACAUCUUCCUGCGGGUUCCUCAGUAUAGCCCGCUACCUAAUAGAAAGCGGCGCCGAUCUGGCGUCGAUCAACAGUGACGGCGAGUUGGCGCUGGACCUGGCCUGCUCGGACGCGAUGGAGGAUCUCAUCCAGCGACACAUCGAUGAACAGGGCAUAGACUGUGAGGAUGCUCGGCAGGCCGAGGAAAAGAUUAUGCUAAGCGACGCCAAGCGAUGGCUCCGCACCGACAGUACCGACUGUGAUAAACCACACCCGAAAACGGGUGCCACAGCGCUGCACGUGGCAGCUGCCAAAGGAUACACAAAAGUGCUUAGUUUACUGUUAGACGGACGGGGGGACUUUGACAAGCAAGACGUGGACGGAUGGACGGCGCUGCAUGCGGCUGCCUACUGGGGCCAAAAAGAAGCCGUACAGAUACUGCUGAAUGCAAACGUCGAUAUCGACAUCCAGAACUAUAGCGGCCAGUACGCGAUCGACAUUGCACAGAAGGAUAUUGUCCCAUUGCUGGAUGAGGCACGGAAGAACUUCAAACGGCCCAAACGGCGACCGGCUAGUCAGAUUAGAAUUACGGAUACCAUUGAGAAUAGCAUCGAGACACCUACGAAGGUCAUCCGGGUGGAGGUGAAACCGAUCGACAGCAAAGAGAAAGAAGAACUGGCUAUUGGAAGCGAUUCGGAGGAGGAGCAGGAAGAAGAAGCCCUAGAGGAAGACGAGAACGGGAUUGAGGACGAAGGCAGUGGGAGUGAUCGAGAUGAGAGCAUUGAACAGGAAGAAGCAGAGGAGGAGGAGGAAGAAGAAGCGGAGGAAUCCGAAGAAGAUCAGGAGGAACCGGAAGCCGAGGAAGAGGCUACCGUAGAACCUGAACAGGAAGAGGCAGAGGAGGAGGAGGAAUCGGAAGUGGAAGCGGAAUCGUCACCGUAUUCUUCCUCCGCCGACAGUUCGUCGUCGACCGAGAGCAGUAUGACCGAAUCUGACGCAGAAGUUCCUGAGAAAGAAAAUCAACCAACCGAGCCCGAUGUGAUACUGCGGCGGACACAGAGCUUCGAGAGCGAUGAAAAGUUCUACCAAAAGUACGUCGAACUGCGGGCACGGAUACAGGCCAACUCGUGUCCAAUCCUACCGAACACGAAUCCAACCGCCAACGCGAAAACUGCCACCAACAACAGCAGCAACAGCUAUCUCGUACAAAGGUCAGCCUCGCUCAAGGAUCAUCGGACGUUAAGGAAAGCUUCCAGCAACUUGGUACUGGGUAGCACUGGCAGUACGACCGGUUCAGCAACAACAAACGUACAAACAGCGACGACGUCGCCCCCAACUAGUCCCACCGGAACGCCAGUUACGACUCCCAGCACCGGGCAGAUUCGAAGCAUCACACCUGUCAACAACAACAACAACAUCAGUCACACGUCCAAUAGUCCUUCCAUACCGGUCGAAGUCACUGUCACCUCCAACAACAACAACAACAACGACAACAAUAACGAUACCAGCAGCAAUGCGGUCAACAAAAAUCAUAGCCUGUUCGAACUCAAUCGAAAAUAUAUUGAACAAGCCCAAAAGACGAAGAUUAAUAAUGAGCGCAAUAAAUUUCUCUCGUCACUCAACGAGAAGAGACUGCAACAACAGCAUCCACAGGAAACGCAACAGCCGGAAGCGAAAGCGCCAUCAGAAACAGCACAGCCAGCAGCCUCACAGUCCGGCUCCGCAGAAAAAGAACCGUCGCCGGCGGAAGCACCCGCAACAGUUAAGAGCGUAACUGCUGUCUAUGCGUCCUCUGCCUCCAACAACAAUCAUGCUGCUUCCAACAUCAACCAUCACAACCACAACAACAACAACAUCACCAACAGCAAUGCAACAUCGCAACAACCGUCACCGACAGUGACCUCAACGAAUAAGCUUUCACCGGGAAAUAUUUUCAAAAACUUUUUCAAAUCCUUCGUGCCACCAACGCGCGACGAAGAGAGUGAAACUCAGCGGAAAGCGCACGCUAAGCGGGUCCGCGAGACGCGACGCUCGACCCAGGGCGUUACCCUGGACGAAAUCAAGAGCGCCGAGCAGCUGGUCAAGAAGAAAAACUCCACCAACAGUGAUAGCGACCCAUCCGCAAGUUCAUCCACUACAACAACAACCACAACCACCCCAAGCAGUACCGCUUCAUCCACCUCCAUUCUCGUCAACGAUCGCGUACCAUCGGUGGAUGCCAGUUCCGAGGUAAGCAGCAAAGUUCCUUCAUCGGCUCUACCGUCCAGUAGCACCAGCACCAGCAGUUCCGUUGAUCAGCAAGUAUCCGCUAGUUUCACUAUUAGCGCACCUCCCUCCAGCAUUUCAACGACCGCCACGGUCAAGUCCCAUCGAGGAGACGGCGGCGGGGGAGGGGGAGGUGUUGAUACAGGUACGGUCGAUGACGAUAUUGGCAAGAUCAGUGUGUCCUACACGAUCACCACCCCGAGGCUUAGUAGCAGUAUCACGACGACUACCAGCAGUAGCAGUAGCAGCGGCAGUGAAGCCACAACAACGAUCGCCAAAGAUAAGAGCAAGGAAAGCGUCCCUUCGGUGACAGCGACCUUCAGCGUGCCUAGUGCAAUCAUCACCUCCACCACUAGCAGCAGCACCACGAACAACAACAAUCCUAACAGUAGUAACAAUAAUAUUUACAAGAAGACUGAUUCGGACGAGUUAACGAAAACGACGACAACGACGACGACGAAGUCAACGAUAGCAGAGGGAGAUUCAUCAUCGAUUAGUACGACGCCCGCGUCGUCUGCCUCUGUAGCGGCCACCAUCCGGACGCCGAGUUCCUUCGGCACCAGCAAACGAUCCCUGUUCGAUAUCGAUAAUGCCAACUCGCUUACACUAGCGGAGAAACUACGGCAGGAGGCUAACAAAUAUGCCGAAAGUGAUAAGGAGAACUUCGUUUGCUCAAAAGUGCCAUCGACCGCCACCGCGACGGCGACAACGAAAAGUGAGUCCACCUCCUCGAAUACGACUCCGGCUGCGGCCGUCGAAGGUGCAGUCUCACUGCGGAAGGACACGAGUGCACCUUCGUCGCCACUGCAUCAACAUCAUCAUCAUCAUCAAUCUUCGACCAUGGCCGAACGGAGGCCUUCGUGGCGGUUGAAAGUGGACGCCGGAUCUAAGUUCAAACUGGAAGACGCUACCGCGCCGACCAGUACACCUGCCACCAAUGCCGCAAGCAGUACCGUCACUGCCCUGGAUUCCUCGAAUAGUCGACAGCAGCAGCAGCAGCAAAAUGAACUUAAUAGUAUUUCAAUGUCCUCGUUGGCCCAACGAAGGCAGAACGGCGACAGUAGCAAUCUAUUCACAUCAUCUCGUCCAACGUCAGCUCCUGAGCUGAGUUCCUCGGCAGCAGCAGUAGCAGCGGCGGCGGCAGCAGCAGCAGUAAGCAGUCAAAACGAUGCCAGCUUACACCUGCGCAACAGACCAUUGAAGGCUAGUGGUGAGGAGAACAAGGAGAAUGACAAGGAAAACGAGAACCGCAGUAAUGCCCAAGCGACGCAGGCGGUUAUCCAGAGACGGAGGCGUCCUAAGCGACGCUCCACCGGUGUGGUGCACGUCGAUAUGGAGGAUAUUGAUCCUGAGCGACAAGAUUCUCCUGUCGACGGUGAAGAGAAAGAGUCCGGAACGGAACGGGGUCGAUCGCGCGUUGGUUCGACCGCAUCCGAGUUAGCGGACCAGCAGAAGGAUGCUGGAGAAUCCAAGGAGAAUGGCGGUGACUACAUCGACUACAAAGCUCUCUAUGAACAGGCCAAAGCUGAUAAUAAUAAGCUUAAGAGUGAGAUGAGGAAAAAGGACGAAGAAGUGGCUAGUCUGCAAGCGGCACUCGAAAGGUUUACGGUCGCGACCACCAAAAACAACUCGCUGUCGGAGCUGGAAAAGCGGGAAAGACGAGCGAUGGAGCGGAAAAUGUCGGAAAUGGAGGAAGAGCUCAAGCAACUGGAAGCCCUCAAGACCGAGAAUCAGCGCCUGAAGGACGAGAACGGUGCGCUCAUUCGUGUAAUUAGUAAGCUAAGUAGAUAGAAGAAGGCAACAAUCGGCCAACCGCUGAUUGAGUUAACAACAAAACAUGAUAAAUAGGAGAACAAGAAUAACAACAUCCAAAAGCGUAGCAGAACAGGAGCAACGGUUUUUACAACUUCACCACAAACACACUACAAGUGACUCAUUUAUUUUUAUCACCUAGAUUAGUGCGCGCGUGGAUUUGCCCGUAUUGGAUGGUCAUGUACUCUUAAACCUAACCGAGAGAUUUUAAGAGGGAAGAUAGAAAUAAAAUCAUUAUCCUAACACUAUUUCUGGCGUUAAUCAAACGAGGAGGUACACUAUUUAUUGAAAGGGAAAGACAGAAACUGAAACGGUAAAUUUAAUGAUUUCAAAAAUUCCCUCUUGAGAAGAAAUGAGCCAGAUAUUAUUUAUGGAACAAUUGGCUUGCCCUGCCUGUAGUUAGCAUUUUGGCGUUUAGCUAUGAGAUGCGUGAUGUGGAAACGUUCUUUUCUCGGGGAAAUGUUUACCCAGUGGAGAGAAUGCAAUUGGUUUGUACUUUAGUCAUCUGUAACUUUUUUUUGUUAUAUUGAUUUAACUGUAGGAAUAAAGAAAACCGUAAAAAUCACUUCUGUUCAUCGUUGUUGUAAAGAGAAUAAAUCUUGUAAAUUUGUUUGGUUGGUAAAUUUUGCGUACAAUUGAACGAGGUUAACGAAAAGGCAGAGCAUUUCAAGCAGCUUGUUCAUAUCAGUGUUCAAGUCAACUGUAUGGCAAAUGACUCUCUGCUUUGUACAAAGAAUCCUGUUUUCUAUUUAAAUUUUUGUAAAAAAAAUAAAACAAUGACUAUGUGUGCGUUGAGGAGUGACAACAAUCUGAAAACAAUAAUUGAAGCUGUUCAAAAACAAUAUCUUUAGAAGGUGAAGCAAAUGGUAUAUUUAUAGAUUUUUAUAGUAACCAUGCAGUGCGUAUUUAUAUUUAUACAUCAUUCAACAUACAAACCUGAACGACAAAGAUGUUCCCGGUUUUUGUUUUUCUUUGGUCGCACUGAGGAUCGAGUUUCCAUUAUUAUUUUUUUCUAACACACAUUACCGCUUCUGAAUGGAAAGCAUUUGGAUGGUUUACACCAAGAAGCAGAAUUAGGGCAGAAGAAACCGCGGAUUUGAUCUCCAUUGGCUCGUUUAAUAGACUGUAGGGGCUGUCAAGCACAGGGAUUUUGACCCCAGUUAAUUGUCGUCUCGUUUCGAAUCGAAUUUUUCAAGCACUUUUCUAACGCGUCCUGUUUGUAGGCUAAAGGUGAUAGUUAUUAAGUUGUGCGCCGUGUAUAGAUAGAAACAGACAACAACAAACUCUAAAGGCAUUUUGAAACCUUUUCUUUUUUCUUGGGAAAAAGAUUGCAAUAAGUGGAAAACUCCUCCAAUUGGUUUCGAUUCUUUUCACAACUGAACCUUUGUGUCUAUUUAUGCGUAAAUACGGAAUCCCUCCCUAGUCUGAGGAAAACAGAGAAAAGCAAUUUUUUUUAUAAUACCUAGUGACAAAGCAAACAAAAUCUUAACAAAUGUACGGAAGAGAACUAAAAACUUCUAUUGUAUGUUACUUACUGUAUCUCUUGAUCGUUUAGUUAAUAGUUAUUUCUUCUUUAUUAGUCGUUUAGUGUAUAGAAAGGAAAACACGCAAACAGCAGAAAUCAACAUAUGCAAAAGGCAUAACCGAUGGAAGUACUUCUCCUUCUCUUUAUUGUCAUUAUUGAUUAUUAUUAUUAAAAUUAUUAUUAUCAUUAUUAAACUAUCUAUAAAAGUUAUGUUGUAUUUGUCAUCAAAUUAAGUGAGGAAAAUCACACACAUACAAACACGAAACACAACACACACACACAAACAAACACACCCAUACAUUGUAAUUUAUGUUUAUUACAGCAGCGAUGAGGAAAGCAUUGUACUAUUAUUAUUUUCAAAACAUGAAAGAAAAAAGUUGAAAAUACAGAGAAAAAACGUUAAUUCUA